AUGAACUGCAAUAAAAUAUUAUUUCAAUGCUAUCCAACAGAUAUACAUGCGGUGAACAACGUACCAGUUGAUUCAAGAACAUUAAAUUUGCUAGAAAGGCUUUCGUUAGUAAAUUUGGAGGGACAUGAAGCUGUUGAAGUGUUGCAAAAAAGCAUAAAUUUUGCAGAAAAUAUUGUCAAAAUGAACACUGAAUGCGUCGAGCCACUAUAUAGGGUUUUAUAUGAAGACCCUCUGCGUUUGCGUUCGGAUCAAGUAACUGAAGGCAAUUGUCGUCAAAGUGUAUUACAAAACGCUAAAGUAACUGACGAGGACUAUUUCAUAGCACCACCCGGCAAUAUCCCACUAUCCCAAGGAAACGUGCGUACCUAA